GGGGGAGGGCAGAGGCCUGUCGCCCCUGUCACGGACAUAGAUUGAUCUGGUCAAAUCCGUGACAGAUUUUUGGCGCCCAACGUGGGGCUCGACUGCUUUUUAGUUUUUUGAACGAAUCUUUUUUUCUCUCUGCUCUUAGAGAGCUUCGUUAGGGAGCAUUGUCAGUAGUUCAGGUUUCUGUGCUGGAAAACCUGACCUUGAAAGAUUAGGCGUACUGCCAGUGUUCUGGGAUAUUUGUAAACUUUGAGCACUACUUAGUCUGGGUAGUGCCUUUUUUCUUUUUUUUUUCUCUCCUCUUGUUAGCUUCAAUUCAUUAACCCUUUUUUAGCAAGCACCAGCGAUGAACCCACUCGUUAUCGUGGGGGUGCUGGGUAAAGGAUUUAAAGCAAUGGUGUUAGUCACAACCUACUGGCCAAUAAUCCAUCUCACACUUGUGUGUUUUGGAAUUGCAUCCAUAUAUAUCUAUCUAAGGGCACUGAUGGAGACACCUAUGUUUUACCUAUUUGCAAUGUGGUAUGAUUUGAACUUUGACAUCUACAUCCCAGAAGGAAUGGCUAAUUUCACAAACAACUACAUCCCAGAAGGAAUGGCUAAUUUCACAAACAACUACAUCCCAAAUGGAGUAGCUAAUUUCACAAACAGCUACAUCCCAAAUGGAAUAGCUAAUUUUACAAACAACACGAUGUUCAGACCAGUCUCUGGGUUUUCUUCUCGGUUUGUCAAACGUUUUUUGAAUCCUGAAUUAAUACCCAUGUUGUUGUUCGUGUCAUCAGUUUUCCUGAAUGUAUUCCUAUGCAUUCGUAUUAAGGGAAAGGAGUCUCUUCCAAAACUAGAGAAUGAUGAUUGGCAGGGAAUAUGGAGAGGUUUAGGAAAGGUUUUAGAAGCAUGAGGACCCGCAGUGUCAUGGGAUUUUACUCUUGAACACCUGUGGGAUCCUGAGAAACUAAGCCAGUAUUUGAGUCAGGGACUAUGCGGCUUACAUAAAUCUAAGGAGGUACAACUUAUGUGGGGUUUGGCUUGUGCUUACCGUGCCCUAUAUAAUACCAUUCUGGAGAGAGAGAGUUUCCGAGCUGAGGUUCAAGCCAAAGGGGAAAAUCCCCAAGUCAAAUCUAAUCAAUCACAGGAGACACCAGUAACAAUACCGGUUGCUCCUGUGGAGGGCAAGAAAUGGAAACGAGUGUCUUCGCGUCUUGAACGAAAAAGAGAAGAAGAGGAGGAGGAGGAGGAAGAUCCAGGCGAGGGGCCCUCCUCAGAACCACCACCAUCGCGAAAGGCAAAAGCAAAAACUAAGAGACAUGCAGAAGAGAGUGAUGAAGAGGAAGUCUCUAUUACUACUCGCCGGCCUCUAAAGAUGACUGAAAUUCAAGGUUCAAGAAAGGAGUUCACACGGCGCCUGAAUGAAAGUAUUGUUUCCUGGUUGGUUCGCUGUUGGGACAGUGGGGCCCAUAGCUUGUCUCUGGAUGGUAAUGAAGCUCGCCAACUAGGCGCCAUUGCCAGAGAUCCAGCUAUUGAUAGAGGAAUUAGUCGAUGUUCGGAUGAGGCUGCCUCCCUCUGGGAACGAGUGUUAAUAGCCGUGAAGGAAAAGUAUCCCUUCAAAAAUGGCUUGAAGAUUGCGAUGAAAAAGUGGGAUACAGUUGAAAAGGGUAUCCAGUAUUUGAGGGAAAUAGGCAUGGUGGAAAUGUUGUAUGACCUUAACUUUGUUCCUAACCACCCACACCAAAACCGCGACCCUGACAAAGUGAGCACGACGCCUGAGAUAUGGCAAAAAUCGUGCCAACAGCGCCGGACAAAUAUGCCUCUACACUAACGUCAGCGUGUGACAGAUACCAAGAACAACAGAGAACGCCCUUAGUUUAUGAAUUAAUUGUUAUGCUCCAAAAUUACGAACAGUUGCUGUCCCCAAUUAAUGCUGCCGUGGCUGCUAUAUCAAAAAUGACGGAGCAAGCGUCUCAACUGAUUAACCGUGACAAACCUGCAGCAGUAUCAGAAAAGCUUGAUGACGAUCAGGAUAAUCAAAUGAGUCUAGUGAAGGAGAUGAUGAAAUUUUGGCGAGCCCACCUAACUAAAGACAAUGAACCUUCAUUCUCACGUGCACCAUCAAAAAUCUCAGCUGUUAGAGGCAAACGCUCUCCAGCUCAAGUAAGGGAUAAUACACCGCGAAUUGUCUUAUGGUAUUACCUACGUGACCAUGGAGAAGACAUGAGGAAGUGGCACGG